GGCGGUGUCAUUAUCCCAUUUAAUAAUUUCCCAAUUCGGAUAAUAAAUACAAAUAGGGCUGAACCAAAUUCUGAAUUUUCGCCAUUAUCAUAUCAUUCAUUCCUACCUGUGUAAGUAAUUUGAGCUACCUCAGGGGGAAAUAAUACAAGGAUGGCUUGUAAGGGGUUUUUGGAAUGCCUGUUGAAGCUACUAAACUUCUUAUUGACUCUUUCGGGUUUAGCGAUGGUGGGCUAUGGGAUAUACUUGUUUGUUAUGUACAAAAACGCAACUGAUGAUGCCGAUAUUGUACGACCAAACGAAGAAAUGACACAAUUUGGACGUCCUAUGCUAAUGGCUGUGUCAUUGUCUAGCAACGACUUUUACGAUCACUUGCCUACUGCUUGGUUCAUUUAUCUUUUUAUCGGCGUUGGUGCAAUCCUCUUCGUCAUAUCUUGUUGCGGGUGCAUCAGUGUAGCAACGCGCAACGGAUGUUGCCUAACCUGUUACUCUGUACUUUUGAUAUUAUUAAUCUUAGUCGAAGUGGGAUGUGCUGCUUUCAUCUUCUUCGACAAAAGCUGGCGAUCAGAUAUCCCUAUAGACAAAACCGGAGAAUUCGACACAAUAUAUCAUUUCCUAAGGAAGAACUGGAAUAUCUGUAAAUGGGUUGCACUUGGAGUUGUUAUAUUACAGGCUCUGGUAUUUUUGUUAGCGUUAAUGGUACGCGCUGCAAACGCACCAGCGGAAUAUGAUAGUGAUGACGAGUACAUUAAUGGUCCCAGACGGCAAAGACAACCUUUGAUCAUACGACAAGAAGUUCCAGCAACGGGUAUUCCUGUUACUACAGGACCCCUUGAUAGCCGUCCCAGCAGAAAUGAUGCUUGGAGUGCACGUAUGAGAGAAAAGUACGGGCUUGAUACAUCGGAGUUCACUUACAAUCCGAAUGACCCAAAUAGGUAUCAGCAAGGCACCACACCACCAACAGAAGAGAAGAGUCGAUGUGCCAUCAUGUAAGCCAAACGACCGAAAUAUAGGGUGUGAUAUAUUAUUAUAUAUGGAUGUUGAGUAGAAAAACAUGAUUUGUUAUUGUAUAGUUUGUUUAAAACAUAGAUUGACAAGUGAGAAAUUGAAUUUAUGUAAUGUAAUAUAUCUUAGUUUUUGAGCUCA